AUGCCGCCCGGCGCGCCCGCCCGCCUGGCGCUGGCCCUGGGCCUGGGCCUGUGGCUCGGGGCUCUGGCGGGGGGCUCCGGGCACGGCUGCGGGCCCUGCGAGGGGCCCUGUCUCUGCGACCCGGGGCCCGGCGCCGCCUGCCGCGUCAACUGCUCGGGCCGCGGGCUGCGGACGCUCGGCCCCGCGCUGCGCAUCCCCGCGGCGGCCACGGCGCUGGACCUCUCCCACAACCUGCUCCACACGCUGGACGCCGGGCUCCUGGCAAACCUCUCUGCGCUGGCGGAGCUGGAUAUAAGCGACAACAAGAUUUCUACAUUAGAAGAAGGAGUAUUUGCUAAUUUAUUUAAUUUAAGUGAAAUAAACCUGAGUGGGAACCCAUUCGAGUGCGACUGCAGCCUGCUAUGGCUGCCGCGCUGGGUGGAGGAGCGGCGGGUCCGCGUGGCGCCGGCCAGGGUGGCCACGUGUGCUGGGCCCGGCCCCCUGGCUGGCCAGCCCCUCGGGGUCGCCUUGCUGAGUGGAGGCUGUGGUGAGGAGUACGUCGCCUGCCUCCCUGACAACAGCUCGGGCGCCCCGGCAGCGGUGGCCUUUUCCUCUGCCCACGAGGGCCCCCUGGAACCCGAGGCCUGUGGUGCGCUCUGCUUCUCAGCCGGCAAGGGCCUCGCAGCCCUGGCAGAGCAGGGCCGGUGUGUCUGCGGGGCACUCCAGCUGCCCAACACCUCUGCGGCCUGCCAGUCCCUGUGCUCCAGCCUCCUCCAGCCCCCCAGCCCCACCUGCAGCGGCCCCACGCUUCUCCAGAACGUCUUCCCAGCCUCCCCUGGGGCCACCCUGGUGGGGCCCCAUGGACCCCUGGCCUCUGGUCGGCCAGCAGCCUUCCAUAUCGCUGCCCCUCUGCCCAUCGGCUCCACACGCUGGGACUUUGGAGAUGGCUCUCCAGGGGUGGGUGUGGCUGGCUCAGCUGCCACCCAUCAAUACGCACUGCCUGGACGCUAUCACGUGACAGCCGUGCUGGUCAUGGGGUCUUCCUCGGCCUUGCUGGGGACAGAGGUGCGCGUGGAGGCAGCCCCUGCUGCCCUGGAGCUCCUGUGCCCAGCCUCCCUGCACAGUGAUGAGAGCCUCGAACUCAGCAUCCGGAACCGCGGAGGCUCGGCCCUUGAGGCCACCUACACCAUCCUGGCUCUGGAUGAGGAGCCAGCGAGAGUGGUACACCCGCUCUGCCCUUCGGACACAGAGAUCUUCCCUGGCAGUGGGCACUGCUACCGCCUGGUGGCAGAGAAGGCACCCUGGCUGCAGGCUCAGGAACAUUGCCGGACCUGGGCUGGGGCUGCCCUGGCCAUGGUGGACAGCCCUGCCAUCCAGCGCUUCCUGGUCUCCCAGGUUACCAGGGGCCUGGACGUGUGGAUUGGAUUCUCCUCUGUGGAGGGGGCAGAGGCGGGCUUGGCGCCCCAGGGCGAGGCCUUCAGCCUAGAGAGCUGCCAGAACUGGCUGCCAGGAGAGCCGCACCCAGCCACUGCCCAGCACUGUGUGCGCCUGGGCCCCGCUGGGCAGUGCAACACAGACCUGUGCUCCGCGCCCCACAGCUAUGUCUGUGAGCUGCGGCCUGGAGGCCCCGUGUGGGAUGCUGAGAACUUCCUCGAGGGAGUGCCUGAUGGGGGCCUGCAGGGGCCCCUGAGGCCGCUGGCACGGCAGGAGGCCCUCCUGGCCCCUCAGCAGCCCUUGGAGCUCAUAGUGUUGCCUGGCCCGAGCCGUGAAGCUUUUCUCACUGCAGCAGAAUUUGGAAUCCAGGAACUCGGGGGGCCUGCACAGCUGCGGCUGCAGGUGCUCCGGCCCUCAGGAGGAGUAGUAGCCCCAGAAAGUAGCAGUGAGCCUGAAAACGUGACUGAGCCAGGCCCCAGCUGUCUACUGGAGGAGCACUGGUGUCCUGGGGCCAAUGUCUGUGUGCCAGUGGAUGCCUCCUGCCACCCUCAAGCCCCUGCCAAUGGGUCUGCAUUGGGGCCCUGGCUCCCCGGGGUCACGUACACACUGUGGAGGGAGUUCUUGUUCUCGGUGCCCGCAGGUCCCCCCACGCGCUACUCGGUCACCGUCCAUGACCAGGACAUCCUGGUGCUUCCUGGUGACCUCAUCAGCUUGCAACAUGACGCUGGCCCUGGUGCCCUACUGCAGUGUCCCUUGGGAUCCAACCAUCCCGGCCUUGAGGUUGUGUACUUCUCCACCAACACUUCCGUUUGGCUGGCCAGCCUGCCCGCCCAGGUGGAGGGGGCUCGGACUGGCCCUGCCUGUGCCCUGCAACUGCGCUUAGCCACAGAGCAGCUUACCGUGCUACUGGGCCUGAGGCCCAAUCCUGGGCUGCAGCGUCCUGGGCGCUACAAGGUUCAGGCCACAGUGGGCAACAGCGUGUCCAGUCACAACCUGUCCUGUGGCUUCAGUGUGGUCUCCCCGCUGACGGGGCUGCACGUCAUCCACCCCGCCCUCCUUGAUGGCCACCUCUACAUACCCACCAAUGGCUCGGUCUUGGUGCUUCAGGUGGAUUCUGGUGCCAGUGCCACAGCCACAGCCAGCUGGCCCGGGGGCAACAUUACUGCCCCCUUCGAGGCUGCCUGCCCCUCUGAGGGGGCUACCUUCCAGCCUGACUGCACAGGAGAGGCCAAUCGCACCUGGUUCUCGGUGCUGGCCCUGCCCCGGCUCAGCGAGGGGGAGCACGCAGUGGAGAUUGUAGCCCAGAACCAUGACAGCCGGGCCAACCUCAGCCUGAGGGUGACUGCUGAGGAGCCCAUCUGCGGCCUCCGAGCCGUGCCCAGCCCUGAGGCCCGGGUGCUGCAGGGUGUUCUGGUGCGGUACAGCCCCAUGGUAGAGUCUGGCUCAGACGUGGUCUUCCGGUGGACCAUCGAUGACAAGCAGUCCCUGACCUUCCACAACGUCGUCUUCAACGUCAUCUACCAGAGUGCCGCCGUCUUCAAGCUCUCACUGACAGCCUCCAAUCACGUGAGCAAUGUCACCGUGAACUACAACGUCUCCGUGGAGCGGAUGAACAGGAUGCGGGGUCUUCGAGUAUCUGCGGUGCCAGCCGUGCUGCCCCUCAAUGCCACGCUGGAGCUGAUGGCCAGUGUGCUGGUGGACGCGGCGGUGGAGGUGGCCUUCCUGUGGACCUUUGGAGAUGGCGAGCAGGUGGUUGGCCAGUUCAAGCCUCCGUACGGUGAGGCCUUCCAGGUCCCAGACCCCACGGUGGCCCAGGUGCUGGUGGAGCACAACGCCACACACACCUAUGCCAGCCCAGGUGAGUACAACCUGACCGUCCUCGCGUCCAACACCUACGAGAACCUGACCCAGCAGGUGCCUGUGAGCGUGCGCCCCGCGCUGCCCAGCCUGGCCGUGGGAGCGAGCCGCAGCGUGCUGGUGGUGGGCCAGCUCGUCACCUUCUCCCCGCACCCUCGGCCCUCGUCUGGCGGCAUCCUGUACACGUGGGACUUUGGGGAUGGCUCCCCUCGCCUGGUGCAGAGCCAGCCAGCUGUGAACCACACCUACCUCCACCCCGGCACCUACCGCGUCAGCCUGGAGGUGAACAACACCGUGAGCAGCGUGGGGGCGCACACCGAUGUCCACGUCUUCCGGGAGCUGCAUGGCCUGAGCGUGCACCUGAGCCCAGCGGUGGAGCAGGGAGCCCCUGUGGCGGUGCAUGCGGCCGUAGAGACGGGUGACAACGUGACGUGGACAUUCGACAUGGGGGAUGGCACCAUGUUCACGGGCCCCGAGCCCACGGUGCAGCAUGUGUACUUGCGGGCACAAAACUAUACAGUGACAGUGGUUGCAGCCAGUCCUGCAGGCCAGCUGACACAGAGCCUGCCCGUGCAGGUCUUUGUCCUGGAGGUGCUGCGCAUUGAGCCUGCCGCCUGCAUCCCCGUCCAGCCCGAAGCCCGCCUCACAGCUCAUGUCACCGGGGACCCUGCCCACUACCUCUUUGACUGGACCUUUGGGGAUGGCUCCUCUAACAUCACUGUCCAGGGGCGCCCGACGGUGACGCACAACUUCACGCGGAGUGGCACGUUCCCCCUAGCGCUGGUCCUGUCGAGCCGUGUGAACAAGGCGCAUUACUUCACCAGCAUCUGUGUGGAGCCCGAGCUGGGCAACGUCACUCUGCAGCCCGAGCGGCAGUUUGUACGGCUCGGGGACGCGGCCCGCUUGGCGGCCUGCGCCUGGCCCCCAUUCCCAUACCACUACAUCUGGGACUUUGGCACGGAAGGCGCCACCCCCACCCAAGCUGGGUGCCCCGACGUUGCGUUCACCUACCGAGAGCCCGGCUCCUACAUGGUGACAGUCACUGCCACCAACAAUGUCUCAGCUGCCAACGCGUCCGCGCGGGUGGAAGUGCAGGAGCCGGUGGACAUCUCCGCCAUCGGCGUCAAUGGCUCCCACGUGCUGGAGAUGGGGCGGCCCUACCUGUUCUCCGCUGAGGGCCGUGGGCACCCCGCUACCUACUCCUGGGAGCUGGGGGAUGGGGCUCAGCUCGAGGGCCCCGAGGUCACCCACACCUACAGCAGCACAGGCGGCUUCACCAUCGCAGUGGCCGGCUGGAAUGAGGUGAGCCGCAGUGAGGCCCGGCGCAACGUCACCGUGCAGCAGCGCAUCGAGGGGCUCGGCGUGAACGCCAGCCGCACGGUGGUGCCCCUGAACGGCAGCGUGAGCUUCGGCACCUCGCUGGGGGCGGGCAGCGACGUGCGCUACUCCUGGGUGCUCUGCGACCGCUGCACGCCCAUCCCCGGGGGGCCCACCAUCUCCUACACCUUCCGCUCCGUGGGGACCUUCAACAUCACUGUCACCGCCGAGAACGAGGUGGGUGCCGCGCAGGACAGCAUCUUCAUCUACGUUCUCCAGCUCAUCGAGGGGCUGCAGGUGGUGGGGGGCGGCGGGGGCUGCUGCUUCCCCACCAACCACACGCUGCAGCUGCAGGCCGCUGUCAGGGAUGGCACCAACAUCUCCUACAGCUGGACUGCACAGCGGGAUGGGGGCCCACCCCUGACAGGCAGCGGCAAGGGCUUCUCCCUCACGGUGCUUGAAGCUAGCACCUACCGCAUCCAGCUGCGGGCCACCAACAUGCUGGGCAGUGCCUCCGCCAACCGCACCGUGGAGUUUGUGGAGCCUGUGGGGUGGCUGGGCGUGACUGCCUCCCCCAACCCGGCUGCCGUCAACACGAGCGUCGCUCUCCACGCUGAGCUGGCCAGUGGCAGCGGGGUCGUCUACACGUGGUCCGUGGAGGACGGGCUGAGCUGGGAGACAUGGAAGCCGUCUACCACUCACGCCUUUUCCUCAGCUGGCCUGCACCUGGUCAGCGUCGUGGCUGGGAACCAGCUGGGCUCAGCCAACGCCACCGUCGAGGUGGCCGUGCAGGUGCCUGUGAGCGGCCUCAGCAUCAGGGCUGGCGAGCUGGACAGCGGCUUUGUGGCAGCGGGGUCCUCUGUGUCCUUCUGGGGGCAGCUGGCAGCGGGCACAGAUGUGAGCUGGCGCUGGUCUGUGCUGGGUGGCAGCAAGCAUGGCCAGCGCAUAGCCCUGAGCUUCCCGGACGCGGGCACCUUCUCUGUGCAGCUCAACGCCUCCAACGCCGUCAGCUGGGUGGCAGCUGCGCACACGCUCACGGUGGAGGAGCCCGUCGUGGGCCUGGCGCUGUGGGCCAGCAGCAAGGUGGUGGCGCCCGGGCAGCCUGUGCACUUCCAGAUCCUGCUGGCCGCCGGCUCAGCCGUCAGCUUCUACCUGCAGGCUGGCGGGGCCGGCCCCGAGCCGCUCCCCACCCCCCACUUCUCCCGCAGCUUCUCCUGGGUGGGUGAGCAUGUGGUGAGCGUGCAGGCUGAGAACCAUGUGAGCCGGGCCCAGGCCCAGGUUCGAAUCUUAGUGCUGGAGGCCAUCAGUGGGCUACACGUGCUCAACUGCUGCGAGCCUGGCAUCGCUACAGGCACCGAGAAGAACUUCACGGCCCGGGUGCGGCGCGGCUCCCGGGUCGCCUAUGCCUGGUACUUCUCCCUGCAGAAGGUCCAGGGCGAUUCGCUCGUCAUUCUUUCUGGCCGCGACGUCACCUACACCCCGGUGGCCGCUGGGCUGCUGGAGAUCCACCUGCGGGCCUUCAACGAGCUGGGCAGUGUGAACCUCACGCUGACCAUGGAGGUCCAGGAUGUCAUCCAGUACGUGGCUCUCGAGAGUGGCCGCUGCUUCACCAACCGCUCCGCCCGAUUUGAGGCAGCCACAAGCCCUAGCCCCCGGCGAGUAGCCUACCGCUGGGACUUCGGGGAUGGGGCCCCAGUGCAGUACACAGAGGAGCCCUGGGCCGCCCACACCUACCUGCAGCCCGGGGACUACCGCGUGGAGGUGAAUGCCACCAACCUGGUGAGCUUCUUUGUGGCCCAGGCCGCCGUGACUGUCCAGGUGCUGGCCUGCAGGGAGCCUGAGGUGGGCGUGGCCCUGCCCUCGCAGGUGCUGAUGCGCCGCUCGCAGCGCAACUACCUGGAGGCGCACGUGGACCUGCGCGACUGCGUCACUUACCAGGCCCAGUACCGCUGGGAGGUGUACCGCGCCGCCAGCUGCCAGCGGCUAGGGCAUCCGGCACGCGUGGCCCUGCCUGGCGUGGACGUGAGCCGGCCCCAGCUGGUGGUGCCACGGUUGGCGCUGCCUGUGGGCCACUACUGCUUUGUGUUCGUGGUGUCGCUCGGGGACACGCCACUGGUGCAGAGCAUUCAGGCCAACGUGACCGUGGCCGCCGAGCGUCUGGUUCCCAUCAUCGAGGGCGGCUGGUACCGCGUGUGGUCUGACACCCAGGACCUUGUGCUAGACGGGAGCAAAUCCUACGACCCGAACCUGGAGGACGGCGACCAGACGCCGCUCAGCUUCCACUGGGCCUGUGUGGCCUCCACCCAGAGCGAGGCUGGCGCGUGUGUGUUGAACUUUGGUCCCCGUGGGAGCAGCACGGUCACCAUUGCCCGGGAGCGCCUGGGGGCGGGUGUGGAGUACACCUUCAGCCUCACCGUGUGGAAGGCGGGCCGGAAGGAGGAGUCUGCCAACCAGACGGUGCUGAUCCGCAGUGGCCGGGUGCCCAUCGUGUCCCUGGAGUGCGUGUCCUGCAAGGCGCAGGCUGUGUACGAAGUGAGCCGCAGCUCCUACGUGUACUUGGAGGGUCGCUGUCAGAACUGUAGCAACGGCUCCAAGCGCGGGCGCUGGGCCGCGCGCACCUUCAGCAACAAGACACUGGUGUUGGAUGAGACGACCACGUCCACGGGCGGCGCGGGCAUGCGGCUGGUGGUGCGGCAGGGCGCGCUGCGGGACGGCGAGGGCUACACCUUCACGCUCACUGUGCUGGACCGCACCGGGGAGGAGGAGGGCUGCGCCUCCAUCCGCCUCUCCCCCAACCGCCCUCCGCUCGGGGGCUCCUGCCGCCUCUCCCCGCUGGAGGCCGUGCGGGCCCUCACCACCAAGGUGCACUUCGAAUGCACGGGCUGGCGGGACGCCGAGGACGCCAGUGCCCCCCUGGUGUACGCCCUGCUCCUGCGGCGCUGCCGCCGCGGCUACUGUGAGAACUUCUGCGUCUACAAGGGUAGCCUCCCGGCCUACGGGGCCGUCCUGCCGCCUGGCUUCGGGCCACACUUUGAGGUGGGCCUGGCUGUGGUGGUGCAGGACCAGCUGGGCGCUGCCGUGGUGGCACUCAACAGGUCUUUGGCCAUUAUCCUUCCUGAGCCCAACGGUAGCUCGGCGGGCCUGGCUCCCUGGCUGCACAGCCUGGCGGCCAGCGUGCUGCCUGGGCUGCUGCGGCAGGCUGACCCGCAGCACGUCAUCGAGUACUCCCUGGCCCUUGUCACUGUGCUCAAUGAGUAUGAGCAGGCCCCGGACGCAGGAGUGGAGCCCAGCCACCAGCGGCAGAUGCGAGCCCAGGUGCGCAAGAACAUCACGGAGACGCUGGUUUCACUGCGGGUCCACACCGUGGACGACAUCCAGCAGAUCACGGCCGCGCUGGCCCAGUGCAUGGUGGCCAGCAGGGAGCUCAUGUGCCGCUCGUGCCUGAAGAAGGUGCUGCACAAGCUGGAGGACAUGAUGCGCAUUCUGCGGGCCGAGACCACCCAGGGCACCGCGACGCCCACCACCAUCGCCGACAGCAUCCUCAACAUCACAGGGGACCUCAUCCACCUGGCCAGCUCUGACGUGCAGGCCCUGCAGCCCUUGGAACUGGGGGCCGAGCCGCCCUCACCCAUGGUGGCAUCCAAGGCUUACAACCUGUCUUCGGCGCUCAUGUGCAUCCUCAUGCGCUCCCGCGUGCUCAACGAGGAGCCUCUGACCCUGUCUGGGGAGGAGAUCGUGGCCCAGGGCAAGCGCUCGGACCCCAGGAGCCUGCUGUGCUACGGCAACACGUCCACGUCCGGCUGCCACUUCUCCAUCCCCGAGGCCUUCAGCGGCGCCCUCUCGAACGUCAGCGAUGUGGUGCAGCUCAUCAUCCUCAUGGACUCCAACCCCUUCCCCUUCGGCUACAUCAACAACUACACGGUCUCCACCAAGGUGGCGUCCAUGGCCCUCCAGACACAGGCCGGCACCCAGAUCCCCAUAGAACGGCUCGCCACGGAGCGCGCCAUCACGGUCAAAGUGCCCAGCAACUCAGACCAGGUCGCCCAGAGCAUGCGCACCCCAGCAGGCUCCACCGUCGUGCAGCCCCGGGCCUCGGUCAGUGCCGUGGUUACCCCAGACGACAGCAACCCCCAGGCUGGGCUGCACCUGCAGCUCACCUACACCGUGCUCAAUGAGCGCUACCUGUCUGAGGAGCCCGAGCCCUACCUGGCUGUGUACCUGCACUCGGCGCCCCGGCCCAACGAGUACAACUGCUCUGCGGACAGGAGGAUCAGCCUGGAGGCACUCAGAGGCGCCGACCACCGGCUCUACACCUUCUUCAUCGCCCCGGGGGCCCGGGCCCCCGGGGGGAGCUACCACCUGAACCUGACCAGCCACUUCCACUGGUCGCCGCUGGAGGUGUCCAUAGGGCUGUACACGGCCCUGUGCCAGUACUUCAGUGAGGAGGACAUGAUGUGGAGGACGGAGGGGCUCGCGCCGCUGGAGGAGACCUCGCCCCGCCAGGCCGUGUGCCUCACGCGCCACCUCACGGCGUUCGGCGCCAGCCUCUUCGUGCCCCCCAGCCGCGUCCGCUUCAUCUUUCCCGAGCCAUCGAUGGGUGUGAACUAUGUCGUCUUGUUGACGUGUGCCAUGUGCCUGGUGACCUACGCAGCCAUGGCUGUGGUCCUGCAUAAGUUAGACCAGCUGGAUGUCCGCCGGGUCCGCGCCAUCCCAUUCUGUGGGAAGGGGGGCCGCUUCAAGUAUGAGAUCCUGGUCAAGACUGGCUGGGGCCGAGGCUCAGGUACCACGGCCCACGUGGGCAUCAUGCUGUACGGUGCGGACAGCCAGAGUGGCCACCGGCACCUGGAUGGGGACAGAGCCUUCCACCGGAACAGCCUGGACGUCUUCCAGAUCGCCACCCCACGCAGCCUGGGCAGCCUGUGGAAGAUUCGAGUGUGGCAUGACAACAAAGGCCUGAGCCCCGCCUGGUUCCUGCAGCAUGUCAUCGUCCGCGACCUGCAGAGCGCCCGCAGCACCUUCUUUCUGGUCAACGACUGGCUGUCUGUGGAGACUGAGGCCAAUGGGGGCCUGGUGGAGAAGGAGGUGCUGGCAGCAAGUGACGAAGCCCUGUGGCGUUUCCGGCGCCUCCUGGUGGCAGAGCUGCAGUGUGGCUUCUUUGACAAGCACAUCUGGCUCUCCGUGUGGGACCGGCCGCCACGCAGCCGCUUCACACGUGUCCAGAGGGCCACAUGCUGCGCCCUCCUCCUCUGCCUCUUCCUGGGCGCCAAUGCCGUGUGGUACGGGGUCGUGGGAGAUGUCACCCACAGUGUGGGGCCCGUGUCCAGCCUGGUCCCCCCCAGCGCUGAUGCCGUCGCUGUUGGCCUGGUGUCCAGCGUGGUCGUCUACCCUGUCUACCUGGCUGUCCUGUUCUUCUUCCGCAUGUCUCGGAGCAAGGUGGUCGGAGGCCCAGGCCCCACCCGCCCAGGGCAGCCCGCACUGGACACCGACAGUUUCCUGGGCUCACCCGUGCUGAACGGCUCCUUCUUCACGCUGUCGGCGCUCCGGGCUGAGGCCCUUGCUGGACAAGUAAGAAGUGACUUUCUUCUGGAUGAUUCUAAAAGCCUGGUGUGCUGGCCAUCCAGUGAAGGCACGCUUAGCUGGCCAGAUCUCCUCAGCGACCCGUCCAUCGUGGGCAGUGCCCUGCAGCAGCUGGCAUGGAGUCAGACCGGCCAAGGGCUGGGCCAGGAGGAGGACAGCCCCCCUUCGCCUGCCAAGCACCUGUCAGCAUCAGAUGAAGACCUGAUCCGGCAGGCCCUGGCUCCCACCCAGGACGCCCACUCAGACACGGACCUGCUCACCGGCCUGUCCAGCACGCCCGGGGAGAAGCCUGAGACGCUGCUGCUGCAGAGGCCGGGAGAGAAGCAGCUCCAGCCCGGCCCCAGUGGCGGGCAGCCCCCUCUGACCCGGCGCUCAGUGACAGGACCGGUGGAGGGCUUCCGCAAGCGGCUGCUGCCCUCCUGGUGUGCACCCCUUGCCCACGGGCUCAGCCUGCUCCUGGUGGCCGUGGCUGUGGGGGUCUCGGGGUGGGUCGGUGCCAGCUUCCCUCCCAGCGUGGGCCUCACGUGGCUGCUCUCGAGCAGCUGCAGCUUCCUGGCCUCGUUCCUCGGCUGGGAGCCACUUAAGAUCCUCCUGGAAGCCCUCUACUUCUCCCUGGUGGCCAAGCGGCUGCACCCGGAGGAGGAUGACACCUUAGUGGAGAGCCCGGCUGUGACCCCCGUGAGCGAGCGCGUGCCCCGUGUGCGCCCCCCCCACGGCUUCGCCCUCUUCCUGGCCAAGGAGGAGGCCCGCAAGGUCAAGAAGCUGCACGGCAUGCUCAGGAGCCUCUUGGUGUACAUGCUCUUCCUGCUGGUGACGCUGCUGGCCAACUACGGGGAUGCCGCGGGCCACGCCCACGCCUACCGGCUGCAGAGCGCCAUCAAGCAGGAGCUGGACAGCCAGGCCUUCCUGGCCAUCACCCGGUCUGAGGAGUUCUGGCCGUGGAUGACCGGCGUGCUGCUGCCGUCUGUCCACGGAGACGGGCCCGGCCCUGAGCUGGGGCCCCCGCGGUUACGGCAAGUGCGGCUGCAAGAAGGUGAGACGCGGCCCUCCCCUCCUCCUGGAGCUGCCGGGAGGGCUCUGGCCGCUGCUGACAGCAAACGCCCCUCAUCCCGCCCUGGGCUCUGCCCGCCAGACCCUCUGCUCUGCACAGACGCGCCCGGCUCCGGGGCCCAUGCGCACGCGUGCUCAGCUGCUGGAGGCUUCAGCACCAGUGACUACGGCGUUGGCUGGCAAAGCCCGGCUCACAACGGAUCGGAGAUGUGGGCCUACUCUGCGCCAGACCUGCUGGGCGCCUGGCACUGGGGCUCCUGCGCCGUGUAUGACAGUGGUGGCUACGUUCAGGAGCUGGGCCUGAGCCUGGAGGAGAGCCAGAGACGGCUGGGCUUCCUCCAGCUGCACAACUGGCUGGACAGCAGGAGCCGUGCCGUGUUCGUGGAGCUGACCGGGUACAGCCCGGCUGUGGGGCUGCACGCUGCCGUCACGCUGGGCCUCGAGUUUCCUGCCGCCGGCCGGGCCCUGGCCACGCUCAGCAUCCGGCCGUUCGCUCUGCCACGCGUCAGCAGCGGGCUGUCCCUGCCACUCCUCACCUCGGUGAGCCUGCUGCUGUUUGCCCUCUACUUCCUGGCGGCCGAGGCGCGUGCAUGGCGCAGGGAGGGGCUGGCGCGCGUGACCCGGCCCGGAGCCUGGGUGCGGUGGCUACUGGUGAUCCUGACGGCGGCCGCAGCCCUCGUCCGCCUGGCCCAGCUGGGCGCAGCUGACCGCCAAUGGGGCAGGUUCCUGAGGGGCCGGAGGGGCCGGUCUGUCCGCUUCACCAGCUUUGACCAGGUGGCCCAGCUGAGUGCCGCUGCCCGCGGCCUGGCUGCCUCACUGCUCUUCCUGCUCCUGCUCAAGGCCGCCCAGCAGCUGCGCUUCGUACGCCACUGGUCCAUUUUUGGCAAGACACUGUGCCGGGCCCUGCCGGAGCUUUUGGGCGCCACCCUGGGCCUGGCUGUGCUCGGCGUGGCCUAUGCCCAGCUGGCUGUUUCGCUCGUCUCCUCCGGCAUGGACUCCUUCCAGAACGCAGCCCGGGCCAUCUGGGCCCUGUGCCGGGGAGCCAGAGUCCCCGCCCUGUGCCCGGUGGAGUCUUGGUACUUGUCCCCCCUGCUGUGUGGGGCGCUCUGGGCCCUGCGGGCAUGGGGGGCCCUGAGGCUGGGGGCCGUCCUCCUGCUCUGGCGGUACCACGCGCUGCGCGGGGAGCUGUACCGCCCGGCCUGGGAGCCCCAGGACUACGAGAUGGUGGAGCUCUUCCUGCGCAGGCUGCGCCUCUGGAUGGGCUUCAGCAAGGUCAAGGAGUUCCGCCACAAGGUCCGCUUUGAAGGAAUGGAGCCCCUGCCCUCGCGCUCGUCCCGGGCCUCCAAGUCCCCCCCGGCCGCCCCACCCCCCAGCGCCGGCUCAGAGGCCUCGCGCCCCUCCACCUCCUCCUCCAGCCAGCCCGACGGGCUGCGGAGAGAGCCCGAGCCUGAGCCCUCCCGCCUGCACUCCAUGUUCGAGGCUCUGCUCAUGCAGUUUGACAGACUCAACCAGGCCACAGAGGACGUCUACCAACUGGAGCAGCAGCUGCAGAGCCUUCAAGGCCAGAGGAACGGUCAGCCCCGGGCCUUGCCUCCCGCUGGCCGUGCCCCAGGCCCCCCGCGGGCCCUGGCCCCCUGCCUCGCCUGCCGGGCCUCGCGGGCUGUGGGCCCGGCUGCCAAUCCCGGCAGGGUGUCCCUGUGGGGCAAGAACAAGGUCCACCCCAGCAGCACCUAGGCCCGGGGGCCUCGGGCAGGGCCCGUGGCUGUCCCCGGCCCCUCGGAAGCCAGGGCAGAUACCCUACCGCUCAGUAUUACCUACCUACCGGCGGCCCCGCCGCCCGCGGGCUUCAGCACUUUAGCGGCCGCCGGCCCGGCCGGCCAGCCAGCCAGGACGCGGCAGUGUUGGGCUGAGCGAGCAGCAGCCUCCGAGACGCUAAUUUAUUUCCCGAGUCCUCAGGUACAGUGGGCUGUGCCCAGCCGCCUCACCUGGCGAAGGAUCCCAUCCGGGGAGGGCUCAGCCGCACCCCGCUGCCACCCCCUAAGUUAUUAAUUACCUCUCCUGCCGCCCUGCACACGUCCCGUCCCCUGCGCGCACCGCCAGUAAUUUAUACGGGGUUCAGAGGUGUCUAUUUUUGUAUGUCGCUAUUCUCUCGAGUGCGGAGGGACCUGACUUUAUUUUCUUCUUCUCCGGCUGGGGGAGCUGCCGCUGCUUCUUGGAUCCGAGUCUGGCCCUGAGGUGGGCCACCGUGGCCUUGCCCCCCUCCCCCCUGCUGGCAGCGAGCUGGCCGCCAGCACCCAGGCUUGCUGGUGUCGGGCCUGGACUAGGACGUGGUGAAUGUGAAGCGAAGGGACGAGACCGGUCCUGGGGCUGGCUCCCAGGCCGGGCCGGCGUGAGUGCGUGAGGGCCCUGAGGAGCAGCACAGCCUUGACCCUGCCCCAGUUCCUCCAGACAAAGUCAAAUAAAGGCGCUGCCUUGACGGCUA